UCACAAAGAUUAGCGCUAGGUCCUGUUGUGUUGAAAUCUUCUCAAUUCGGCAAUAAGCCGAUAUCUUAGUCGUGUAGAGAGAGAUCAUUUCAAUCUAGAUUACUGAAGAUUGACUUUAUGGAAUUGGGUUUUAUCUUAGCUGUUCAGUAUGUACGAGUGAUUCAUGCCAAUUCGGGUAUGUACGAGUGAUUCAUGCCAAUUCGUGUAAACUAUUUAUCAAGGCUAAAAAUCUUUAUACAGAAGGUACAAUCGUCAGUGAGGAUCGAGUUGCAUCAUGGGAACAUUAAUUGGUCAUGUCAUACCCGGAACAUUUAUGCUUUUUUGGGGUUGGUGGUGGGCCGUGGGUUGUAUUCUGCGGUACUUCUCCUGCAAAAAGUCAGGCGCCAGAUACGUUUCCACCCCUACCUUCCAGAAUGUCUGCUGCAAAGGAAUUAUCAGUCGUCUGCCUGUGGAAAGCGUCAUGAAGGUCAUUUUGUCCGCUGUGGCGUCGCUCAACGAACUUAUAGUUUUUCGACCUGUGUCUUCAAUUUCUAUAGAACAACAUGCUACAAUGUACUUGUUUUUUCUACUGUCUGGCGUUGUCGACCUUUGCAUUUACUACGGCCUGCAUCUGCCAAGUGGCUCUAGCUAUGGCGCCAUGGUGCUUGCUUUUGUCAUGGAAGGGCUCUUGUUCACCAGUCACGUGCAUGGAAGACCUGAACUGGACGCUUACAUACACCAGCUGCUAGUCUAUAUCAUAUUCCUAACUGCCCUGGUCAUAGCACUUGAAAUGAAGUUUAAAACGUCGAUCCUGCUUGGAAUUACGAGAUCAUAUCUAACCAUGUUACAAGGAAGCUGGUUCUUUGGAGUUGGCAUCAUUUUAUAUGGACAUAAGCAACCGAGCUUCUGGGAUCAUGAAAGUCACACUCUUAUAAUGUACGCCACUCUCUACUUUUGCUGGCACUGUGCAGUUCAUUUGAUUCUUCUCGUCCUGUUUACACUGGGCGUGUGGUACUACAACAGGAAACAUGGCGACUUGGAGUAUACAUCCCAUGAUGCCACAGAGGACGUUGAACAAAACGCUUCACUUUUGGAGAGCUCAACCAAAGAAGAGGAUUCAGAGCUUAAAGUUCAUUAAAACAAGACUUCAUUACUA